AUGUUUGCACAAACGGAAUUCCAGAAAAGCAGCUUUUUGUCGCACACAAAAGCGGCAAGAGAGGAGCGAGCGCUGGAGAAGAGGAGGGAGGAAGCAGCUAUACUGUUGCAGGCUACGCUCAAAGGAUUCGUAGCUCGUAAUCAAUACCAGAAACGUAUCAUCAAAGACUUUGAUGCAAUCUUCUUGGAGCUGGAGGAAAAGGAUGCCAAACUUGUGCCCAGCGUCAAUGUAUAUCCAGUGCUGCGUCGCUAUUUAACACAAAUCAAAUUCAAUAAGAACGACUCGGAAAUGAGGGAUCGUCUGGAACAUAUAUGUCGCUACGUAAACCGCGCCAUGGAGGCAGAUAAUCCUACUCUAUCCUAUGCUGCGCUGUGCCUACACAAAGAGCGCAGUCUCCCCUGGAUAGCACACAUUAAAAUAUUGCUAACCAACUGCCUGAAAUUGCUUCCGCAGCUUAAGCCAGAGAAUCAUGCGGAUAGCAUAUCCCUAGCGCUCUUGCUGCACACACUAAUUGUGUUUACAGCCAUCAAAUCCUGGGAAAUACUACGCAUAGCUGUUUUUGAGAAACUGCAGCCAGCUAUGCAAAAGGUUUGCUGCAACAUACAGGGACAUCUGGUGCAACAUGGCUUCUACAGAUCAAUGCGCUUGAUACUGCUAAAAGGCACAAUACGCGAGGAAUUGUCGGUUAAACCAGUCACAUUGGUAGCUAUUAUAACACUUUGCCAGCGUCCUUUGAUUGAUGGCGAUUUUAGUCGUAACUUGUUGCUACAAUUUCUGAGCGAAAUAAUAUCAGUGCCGGCGCUGAUUUACCAUUUGCAUCAAAACGUGCCGCAGUGCAUCGAACAGUUAAGCAGUAUGUGUCUCCUAAAGCGUGCGCUAACCAUGUCGCAAGACUUUAUGUGGUUCGAGGAGUUUUCAGCCACCAUGACUGGCACCAAAUCGUUGGCGUAUCUGGGCAAUAUUUGCAAUUUAUUUAACAUAGAAAACUUGGAAGAUGCGAAGCUUCUGGCAUAUCCCUUACUGAUAGAAACAACCACAUCGCUGUUGGAGCUGAUACCAAGUACGGUGACUACCAAGGGCGUGGUAACACAGUGGCAUGAGCUGCUGGGCUGGCAUGCGCCCUGCACUGAACCCGCACAGAAUCAGAAUGUUGGGCUAAUUAAAAAACAAUUUCAUAUGCUGUGGGAUCAUCGCUGCAUCAAGUUGCUGCUGGGCGAUCUGCUCAAGCAGAUCAAUGUAAACUAUGAGCGCAUCGAGUUCCAGUCGCCACAGCAGCCUUCGACAAGUAAUUUGUUGCGUCGCGCCUUGGAGCGCAGCUCUACGCGUGGCAGUGGACUGCUGGGCAGUGCAGCGUCUAAGCAAACCAAGCAGCAGUGGCGCAAGCUGGAUAACAGCGAUGUGGUGCAAAUCUCCCGCGUUUGUGGUAUGUACUAUGCAGCGCUCAAUACAAUCUCACAAUUGAAGUUGGAUAUACUUACGGGCGUUUGCUAUAACGACAAUGUACUGUAUGAUCUUUGGUUGCUGUUAACUUCACUGGGUCCGAACUGUGGCAUGAAGGAAUUUCUUGAACUGUUGCGCUCCGAGACGGCGCUACAAAAACCGCAAGCGUCCUUGCUUAUGCUAUUCUGUGACUGCAUGACGCAUUAUGUGACUAUUCUGGAUGAAUAUGAGAUGUAUACGGAGCAGAGUCCAUUUUGCUUGAACGACUACGUUAUGCUAACAUAUUUUCUCAACAAUAUUCUCUAUAAGCUGAUAAAUGAUAAUAUUUUGGGCGCCAAGAAUAUUGUGAUGAAUCCUGUGUUUGUUUCUCUGCACACUUUACUCUUAUGCUUAUAUCGUCGUGACUGCCGUCGACCCUUUGCACCACCCAACCACUGGCUGAUACCUGAAGUAAAGCCUUCUACUUUCAUUAAUGAUCUGGAAAAGGCUAAGCGCAAUGCUAUGUUGCUGCUAGCCAAGAUGCCGCAGAUUAUACCGCACGAAGAUCGCGUCAAGCUAUUUCGCAAGUUUGUGCAGAACGAAAAGGCUGUCAUGGGUCUCACUGAAAGCGCUUGUGCCUCACCACGCUCCGCCUUAAUUGUCAUACAUCGCGAGCGCAUAGUAGAGGAUGGCUAUCGACAGCUGGCGGCGCAGCCUACGCAAGCAUUAAAAGGCGUUAUACGCGUGCGUUUUAUCAAUCAGCAAGGACUACAUGAGGCUGGCAUAGAUCAGGAUGGUGUGUUCAAGGAGUUUCUAGAGGAGACAAUCAAGAAAGUGUUUGAUCCGUCGCUGAAUCUCUUCAAAACAACUUCGGAUCAACGUUUGUAUCCCUCGCCCAUCUCCUAUGUGCAGGAUAAUCAUCUGCAGCUGUUUGAAUUUGUGGGCCGCAUGCUGGGCAAGGCAGUCUACGAGGGCAUUGUGGUGGAUGUGCCCUUUGCAUCAUUCUUUCUCUCCCAGCUGCUGGGACAAACGCAACAGGCGCUUUACUCCUGCAUGGACGAGUUGCCCUCGCUGGACAACGAACUGUAUCGCAGUCUGACCUUCAUCAAGCAUUAUAAGCAAGAUGUGUCCGACUUGAAUUUAACCUUCUCCGUGGAUCAGGAUGUUAUGGGCAAGAUUGUUACACACGAUUUGCAUCCAGGCGGCAAGGCGCGCAUAGUUAACGAUCUGAACAAACUGGUCUAUAUACACUAUAUGGCCUACUUUCAUAUGAACACGCAGAUACGUGACCAGACUCAGGCCUUCAAUCGUGGCUUCCGCAGCAUUGUCAAUCCCGAGUGGCUGUCACUCUUCUCGCCACCCGAACUGCAGCGACUCAUCUCAGGAGAUACAGUGCCGCUGGAUCUGAAGGAUUUGCGCAAGCAUACGCAGUAUUAUGGCGGCUUUCAUGACUCGCAUCGCGUUGUCGGCUGGCUCUGGGAUAUACUAGCCAAGGACUUUAGCGAGGAUGAGCGCAAGCUGUUUUUAAAGUUUGUAACGAGCUGUUCCAAGCCACCACUGCUGGGCUUUGCACAUCUGGAGCCGCCCUUUUCCAUACGCUGCGUCGAGGUGGGCGACGAUGAGGAUACUGGCGAUACCAUAGGCAGUGUGAUACGUGGUUUCUUUACUAUACGCAAAAAGGACCCGCUCAAUCGUUUACCCACCUCCUCCACCUGCUUUAAUCUGCUUAAGCUGCCCAACUAUCAGAAAAAGUCAACGCUACGCGAUAAACUGCGCUACGCCGUAAGCAGUAAUACGGGCUUUGAGUUGUCUUAAGCCGCAUAUCUUCAAGAGCUUUGAGUGUUUUUUGCUUUCAAUUUGUUAAAGUCUUCUAUUUUAUUAAUUAUGUAUAUCUAAGUUCAAUACCAAGUGUAUGUGGUUUUUUAACAACAACAAAUUCUAAACAGAUUAUUAUGUAUAUGUAGAGUUAAUUGUAUAAACGUACAGCUGUGAUAAACAAAUUAUAAUACACAACACAAUAAGAAGCUGAAUUACAACCAUUGUAAGAUAUAAAGAAUUAUAUACAUAUGUAUAGAG